UUCGACCAAUCGCAGCAGCUCUUGUGAUGACGUAGAAAGUCGGUAAUGGCGGACACUCUCUUCGAAACAAACAAAGCCAAAAUAGGAGAAUAAGCCGACAUUCCUCAUUUUCGUCGCUAUGAGCAAGAACAAGGCCGGCGGUGUGUCAUGGGUGAAACCGGAGGAGCCGUCUUUUCUCAAGAAGUUUAAAAGCGAUGUUGGUUUCAAAGAAGGACCGACUGUUGACACAAAGCGUCUGGUUGCGCCGACGCCAGAAGACGACAGUGGCGGCAGCGAUCGGGAGGAUGAAUCGCCUCAAGUGGUGGUCCUCCAAGAGGGAGACCUGACCUCCGAGGAAGUGCAACACCUGAAGGAAGGCGUGCAAGCGAAGGAAGCUGUGGAGAAAAACGACGAGGCCCCUGCUGAUGGGAAAAUCCUCUUCAAGAAGCCGGCCAAGCGGUCCUCGGCAGACAAAUUCCAAGGAAUCACCGCCAGCUCGCGCAAAAAGAAGCGUGAUGACGUGUCGAGAGAAGACAAGAAGGAAGAAGGUAAUUGUGGGAAAAAAGUGAAGAACAGCAGCCUCCUGUCUUUUGGCUGCGAUGAAGAGGAAGACGAGGACUGAGCCUUUGUGUCACAUCUCGUCUCGGUUCUUCUUUUCAUAGUCAUAUUCAUCUUUUCUGUACUCCGCAAGAAUUAUCGCAACAUUUGAAACAUAAACUACAAUGUUGGUGAUUUCUCACAUCAACACACAACAGGUGAUAAAACAGAGUAUACUCUUGUUCUGUUGUGUUUACAUCAAAUAUUGUAACAUAGGAAAUCAUUAUUUCACCUUUUAAGGGAAUGAAAUAUGCGAUUCCCCUCCAUGUAGUGUCAGUAGAAUAGUGAUGUACAUCAUAAUUAAAUGUCUUCUAUCAACACAUCCUUGACUUGCGAAAAUAGGUUGUAGUUACACUAUUUCGCUACUCCCAAUGUUAUUAUAUAUAUAUAUAUAUAUAUAUAUAUAUAUAUAUAUAUAUAUAUAUAUGGUGACACUUUAGUAUGAGGAACAUAUUCACCAUUAUUUAGUUGCUUGUUAACAUGCAAAUUAAUGACAUAUUACUUUAUUAUUAUUAUACAUAGUACUUUAUUGAUUCCUUCAGGAGAGUUCCUUGCUGGAAUUUUAAUUUUCCUGAAGGAACUCUCCUGAAGGAAUCAAUAAAGUACUAUCUAUCUAUCGGCUCUUAUUUAGUCAUUAUUAAGUACUUAUUAAUGCCUUAUUCUGCAUGACCUUUCCAUACAACCAGUAAGCCAUUAACCAAGUCUUCCCUCAAUAACCUCAGAAUUAUUGCUUAUUAGUAACCUUAACCCUUAUGUUCCCCUAGUGUCCAAAAAACUCUAAAUUAAGUCUUUGUUACUUAGAAUAUGUUCCCCAUACUAAAGUGUUACAAUAUAUAUAUAUAUAUAUAUAUAUAUAUAUAUAUAUAUAUCCAAGUAAACCCUGCAUUUACUGUAUGUAUUUCUGCAUAUAUACUCUGACAUUGUACCUUCAUUCAAUGUGUGAAUACUGUCUUGAAAUGUUGUAUUGUUGUUGUUUAUGAAAGCGUGUUUUUAUGCAUCAUUUCAAAACACUCAAACUUCUCAACAAUCCCUGACUUCCAUCCUGUUUGUGUUCCAACAUGAAUAUGUUGAUAUAAUGUUCCUGCAGUUUUACAGGUACUGAACUUGUUUUUUUUUUUUUCAAAAUUCAGAUUUUUGUUUUUACAUUAUUUGUUAUUUUUCUUUUUAAUUCAACUUGCUGAAAUGCAUACUUUUAAUACAAUACUGUGAUGCUUGGGUAAUUUUCAAUGGCCAUACAUAUACUACUGAAAAUGAUGACAAAAUAAAGAAGGGGAAUACAAUAACAAA